AUGACUUCUUCUACACUAUGGGGCCGUCGACCAACUCCUGGAAAGCUUUCUCUGCCAUUAUCUAAUACCGACGGUAGUAACGAGAAUAACGGUCCUCAGUCCGCCCGAGGGUUUGGCUCGGGGAGAGGGAGAGGAGGGGCCGCCAGCAGGGAUGGCAAUGCCCGCUUCGACCCGCUCAGUGCCGUGGCUCCAUUGAGCGCUGGCGGCUCUUUCAACACACUCGCAUCCCCAAGUACCGCUUUCAGUCUGGGCUCGGGAGCCUUUGCAUCCUUCGGUUCCUCUGUGAAAACUCCCACCAAGCCGCCUGCCGGUGAUCCGAUAGCUGCGGCCGGUGCACCAAAGGAAAUCCUGGGACCCACCCCUACGGCUUCCGCGGCUGUGACUCCUGGUAUCAACGGCCCAACCUUUGCAUCCGCUGCCGCUGCUGCAACCCAGAAGAAGGCUCCUGUCGAAAUCACGAGGUCACCCUUGCGCCACACCUGGGUCGUCUGGUAUCGAGCUCCCGGCACCAAAUUCCAAGACUAUGAGAAGUCGACCCAGAAGAUCGCUGCUUUCUCCACUGUCGAAGAGUUUUGGAUGAUCUACUCUCACCUUCGUAAACCUCGAAGCCUUCCACACGUUUCCGACUACCACCUUUUCAAACAAGGUAUCAGACCCGUCUGGGAGGAUCACGAGAAUCGCAAGGGCGGCAAGUGGAUCAUUCGUCUUAAGAAAGGUGUCAGCACCCGUUAUUGGGAGGACCUUGUCUUGGCUAUCAUUGGUGACCAAUUCGGGGAGGUUGGUGAAGAUAUCUGCGGUGCUGUUCUCAGUAUCCGCAAUGCGGAAGAUGUUUUGAGUGUUUGGACCAAAACCGAUACCGCCAUCACUCUCAAAGUCCGCGAAAAUAUCAAGCGUGUCAUCAACUGCCCAACGGAAACGGCCAUCUUGUUCAAGACUCACGAUGAAUCAAUCGCCAACGAACGCAAUCAAAACCAAGGACAGAACCAGAACCAGAACCACACUCAAACCCAACGAAACCAAGGCCAGUACAACAAGCAGGACCGUCAACAAAACAAGCAGCACUAUAACAAUCAUCACUACAAUAACAAUAAUAACAACAACAAUAACCAACAGCAGAAUCAGCAAACUGACAAGCGUGAUUAG